UAUACUAAAACUUACACUUUCUCCUGUAAAAGUACAAUUACAGACGAUAAACUGUGAAUCGAUUUGGACUUUUGACGUGUAGUGCUUGUCGGAUUGUAUGACGAUUACAAAAGCGCUACUGUGAACGUAUAUUGGACGGGGUAGACUUGCAGUAGGGAUAAAAGUACUUUUUGAGCAGUAAGGAAAUUGUGAUAUCGAGAUUCUAAAUUCGGUAUCUUUCUCAACUUGCAGUCGCAAUUGUAAAUAAACAAAGAAGAAAAUGCUGAAGAUAUUAAAGUUUAAAGUACAAGUAUUCAAAUUUAAAUAAUCCAAUCCUUUCUUAGAAUUUCAUUUUAUAGUCUUUCACAGUUACGGCUCAAAAGUAUUCAAUCCAUUAAACUUUUUUCACUUUAGUAGAAUAAAUCGUAAAGUAGUUUAAUAAAAAAAACUUUACUGAAAUGUAUGAAAAGCCAAAACCAGUGUUGCGCGUUGCUGUCAUUGGGGCCGGGGCGAGUGGAUUGGCUGCCAUUAAAUGCUGUUUAGACGAAAGUUUGGUGCCAACAUGUUUUGAAAAAUCAGAUGGAAUUGGUGGACUUUGGAGAUUCGAUGAAAAACCAACACCGGGUCGAGCGGGAGUUUAUCGUUCAACGACGAUAAACACCAGCAAAGAGUUAUUAGCGUAUAGCACGUUUCCCCCACCAGCUGAUUUCCCGAAUUUCAUGCAUCAUUCAAAACUAUACCAGUAUAUGAAACUAUAUGCAGAAGAGUACGGACUCAAGCGAUGCAUUCAAUUUAAUAUUGAAGUUAUUUCCGUUGAAAAAACUGUUAAUUUUGAUAAAAAUGAUCAAUGGAACGUUACUACAAAAACCUGGAAUUCAAAAGAACAAAGGGAAAUGGAAAGAACUGAAGUCUUCGACGCGGUUAUGGUUUGCACCGGACAUCAUGCAUACCCAAAUAAUCCUGCUGAAAAUAUACACGGCUAUGAAACAUUCCAAGGAAGGGUCACGCAUGGACAUGACUACAGAGACCACAAACCGUUUGAGAAUCGAAGGGUUAUGGUUGUUGGCCUUGGCAAUACAGGUGGAGAUCUUGCUGCGGAACUGAGUAGACAUUCAACCAAAACUUAUUUGAGCACAAGAAGGGGGGCAUGGGUUAUAAACAGAAUAGCACAUCGUGGGUUGCCGUACGACUGUGAAGUUGUCACUCGGCUUUUCAAAUAUCUGAUGAAUAUAACGCCAUCAUCUACUUUGAACUGGUUUUACGAAAAGAAAAUGACAGAUCGGUUUGAUCAUGAAUUGUAUGGAUUAAAACCAAAGCACAGAAUAAUGAGUCAACAUCCUCUUGUCAACGACGAACUUCCUGCCCGAAUUGCUAACGGUACUGUAACCGUUGUUCCGGAUGUCUCUCAUUUUAAACAUAAUGGUAUCGUAACUUCUGAUGGUAUCCUUCAAGAAGUCGAUGAUGUCAUAUUUGCUACAGGAUACAUAAUCAAGUUUCCGUUUUUAUCAAAUGACGUCAUCACUGUUGAAGAUAAUAACAAUUUGAGUCCUCUGUACAAACACGUUUUUCCGAUCCCAGAUACAGAACACCCCACCAUAGCUUUGAUUGGGAACGUGCAGCCCGUUGGAGGUCUCAUGCCGAUUGCGGAAAUGCAGUCUCGGUGGGCUACUAGAGUGUUCAAAGGAAUUUGUAAACUCCCAUCAAAGGCUGAGAUGCAAAAAGAAAUUGACGAUAAAAAAAGAUCUCUCCAACGAAGAUAUGUCAAUUCUAAAAGGCACACUAUUCAAGUCGAUUACAUGGAUUAUAUAGAUGAAAUCGCAAGUGAAAUUGGAGCCAGUCCUAAUAUAGCAAAACUUUUUAUAUCAGAUCCAAUACUAGCGUGGCACGUUUUGAACGGUCCUGCUAGCGCUUAUCAAUUCAGACUUCAAGGUCCAGGUACUUGGAAUGGCGCACGACACGCUAUCGUCACCCAGUGGCAGAGAAUUCAUGAAGGCUAUGGUCGUAAGGUGCCUGCAAAGCCCAAUUCACAGAGUCAAUUUUGCAAAGAUUUCAAGCCCACGCGCGACCGCACUUUACUUGUCGAUAAAUCUCCAUCAGAAGGACAAAUUAGUUUUAAAAAAUCGAUCAAUACAGCAUCCAUUUUUGACUUGAUUUUCAUAAUAAUCAUGCUCAUGUCUGCCACAUUAAUCUUUGCCUUUCCUUUGUGAUUUUUGUUAACGAAGCAUAGCAAGUAAUUUGUACAAUCGCACUGCGUACAAGAUAAUUAUGCAAGCAAUAAUAAAAUGCGCAGCAAUCCGUAUUAGCGAGCAUGUUGCCUGAAUAAAGAGGCUUUCAAAAAUGAAAAAAAGUACAGUUUAAUCUGCACUUAAACGGAAACAUUUCUGUGAACUACUUGUCAAACAAAUUGUCAGUAUUGCCUAUAUGGCAUAUGCGAUGUAAUGUUUUAUCGAAUAUAUAUAUAAUUGUUUUUUUUUACAUAGUUUUAAAUUGUCAGUAUUGCCUAUAUGGCAUAUGCGAUGUAAUGUUUUAUCGAAUAUAUACAAUUGCUUUGUUAAAAAUAGUUUUUAAUAAAUCCUAUGUCUUUCCGCAUAAAGCCUCUCAUAUUAUGGCGUCUUAUCUUUUCUCUUAAUAAAUAUUUCAAGAUAUAUAUGAGGAACGUCAAGAUACUGUAUCAAUAAACUUAUCGAGGAUUCUGUGACUUGGAAGCACUUAAAGGUAAAUGUACAGGAUAGCACAUUACAAAAAAUUUCAAAAAGUACCUACAGUAAAUGAUGAUUUGAAUGCAAAUUGACAUUCGUAGUUUUCAAAAAAAAAAGGCUCAGUUUGAACAAUGUACUAUCGUUAUUAUAAUAUUAAUAACAAUAUUGUCCUAAUUUUCAUGACUGAGAGCAACACAACUUCAUUAUUUUAUGAUUUCGCAUUUGUGAUUAAUUCAUUUAGUUCUGACAACACUUUGUAACAAUUAUGGCAUUACAAGGAUGUAGAAUUUGAACAGUAUACCAUGAUAUAUAUCUUUUGCAUAAGUUGAAGAAAAUCUCCUAUGUUUCCUAAAAAUGCUUGGUAUUGUUAUACCCCUCUUUAAUAAUAUUCGCCAAGAAAAUUCUGACAAUAUAGCUGCAAUAUGACGCAAACUCUACAGUGUGGCGGUAAACAUAUUAUCAUAUAAUUGUGAGACACGAAAAACUGUCAUCUCGAACAGCAGAACGAAACAGUCUUCUUUUGCUCGAAGAAUCUUUUUCUUCUUACAAUAUAAAACACUUUGGCCCGAAUCAAGUCCUAGCAGCUUCGUACAAUCAUCUAGAUCAGGGG